AUUAGUGAUCGGACCCUUAAGGUGUGGAGUUUGGAUGGUCUCUCAGAAGAUGCCGAGCAUGCCAUUAGUCUGAAAGUCAAAGCAGUUGUGGCAGCACAUGAUAAGGAUAUUAAUUCUCUGGCUAUUGCACCAAAUGACAAUCUUGUUUGUACUGGUUCCCAGGACCGAACUGCUUGUGUUUGGAGGCUUCCGGAUCUGGUGUCAGUUGUAGUACUCAAGGGGCACAAAAGGGGGAUUUGGUCUGUGGAGUUCUCUCCAGUUGAUCAGUGUGUAAUAACGGCAUCAGGUGAUAAGACAAUAAAGAUAUGGGCUAUGUCUGAUGGUUCAUGCUUAAAAACAUUUGAAGGGCACACAUCGAGUGUAUUACGUGCAUCGUUUCUUACUCGUGGGGCUCAAUUUGUAUCUUGUGGUGCUGAUGGCUUGGUCAAACUGUGGACAGUCAAGACAAAUGAAUGCGUUGCUACAUAUGACCAACAUGAGGACAAGGUCUGGGCAUUGGCGGUUGGAAAGAAGACAGAAAUGCUUGCAACUGGUGGUGGUGAUGCUGUUAUAAAUCUAUGGUAUGAUUCUACUGCUUCUGACAAAGAGGAAGCUUUCUGUAGAGAAGAGGAAGGUGUUCUAAGAGGUCAGGAACUGGAAAAUGCUGUAGCAGAUGCUGAUUAUUCUAAAGCAAUCCAAGUUGCCUUCGAACUUCGCCGGCCCCAUAGACUUUUUGACUUAUUUGCUGAACUUUGCAGGAAGAGGCAUGCUGAAGAUCAGAUAGAGAAGGCUCUUAGUGGCCUUGGAAAAGAACAACUUCAUUUACUUUUUGAAUAUGUUCGAGAAUGGAAUACAAAGCUGAAGCUCUGUCAUGUUGCACAAUUUGUGCUUUUUCGGAUUUUUAACAUCUUCGCCCCUACAGAUGUUAUAGAGAUAAAAGGUAUUGGUGAGCUUCUUGAAGGUCUUAUACCAUAUUCACAGCGGCAUUUCAGUAGAAUAGACCGGCUUAUAAGAAGCACAUAUUUGUUGGACUAUACGCUUACUGGAAUGUCAGUUAUCGAACCAGAAACUGAUGUCAGUGCAAUGCAAGACAAAUCUAUGAUACACCUAGAUGAGAAGGAAGCGGAUGAUGAAUCAAGGGAACAAAGCCAAACUGUUAGGGGGAUGGUCUCCUCUAAGAAACGAAAAUCACACAAAUCCAGAGGAAGUUCAGAGAAGAAAAUCAAGAAAGUGGCAUACAUAGAUGCCUCAGCUAUUUCCUUAGAAGCUUGACACUUGUUGAUGCUCUCAAUCCAAUUGGUUCCUUCUUUUUUAUUUUAAUUUUUAAUUUCACCAAGGGCCCUUACUCAAGUUCCUCUUCUGAGCUGUGGUGUAGCUGUUUGUGAUGAAGCCUACUUGCAUGCAGGGAAUGAAUGUUUAAUCCGUUUUUUUUUUUGUUUUUUUCCAGCUUAUUUGUUUUACCUUGCAUAUGAAAUUUUGUAGUCAGAAACGUUGUAUUGCUCUUCACGUUUUUAUUGAUUAGAAAGAAAGAGACGGUGUAUGGUUGAGGUAUCA